GCGAGCUCACCCUGGAGGAGCUGCGAGGAGCUCCGGAGGAGGUCAUUGAACAGCUCCGGGAAGUCGCCGGAACAGAGGACAUCGAGGGCCUCUUCCAGAUGUUGGACUACGACGGGGGCGGGUCCUUGGACACUUCGGAGUUCUGCGAAGGCGUCCUACGGGCCUCAACCAGCGAGACGCCCAUCGAGCUCACCCGCCUGGUGAAGCAGUGCUCAGACAUCCUCAAGCUGUGCCGGAGCGUGCAUCGCUACGUCGGAGACGCCUUCCGCCCCACCGGCCCGGAGCCGGCACGAGGACCCCUUGACCGUCGGCUGGAUCAGCUGGAGGUGAAGGUGGACAAACUGCAGUCGGACUUGCACCAGAAGGCGGACCGAAUGCACCGGGAUGUGGCCCGAAUUCUGCAUGCGCUCUCGGCCCCCUCUCGCCAACACCGGGCCUAG